AAGGGCGGAACUUUUGAAUGUGCAACUGGGGGCGUCACGUGUUUCAUGCAAGCUGGAAUAACCACGGCACUUACAUGAAGUGAAGCUAUAAUUUUUCUCACGUGAAGACUUUUCGAAAGCGUACUAACCUGCUUGAAAAAAAAGGAAAAAGAAAAGGCGGAAAUUUUUGUUUUUCGGAAGACUACGUAGGCGAAAAUAUUUUUCGAAUCAUUUCGCAUACAGCAUUUCACUCCGUUUUGGCUCCAGCAGUUGAACUGAUAAGCUUGCUACUGCAGUUACUCGAAUAUAAGGCGCCAUCCAUUGAACGAACCUUGAUUUAUCUUGUGCCUCAGAAAAACAUACAAAUUUAAGAAGAACGCUGAUUGCAUUUAUGUUCUCUGGAAUUGGAGGGAGUCCGUUGCUCAGUUCCGUCUGAACUCACCAGCUUAAUCCGCGAAAUGCAAAAUCCUGAAACGCUUCCCUCGGAAAUCGGGAGUCUAAUUAUUGUGCCAAUGAAAUGAAAAUUACCACGCAACUUUUUACACAAGGAAAAACGUACGUUACAAUUAAAAGAUUUUGUCAGUUGAAAGCAAAUACUGCACAGUAUCUGCAUUAAUGUGGAAGCCGCCGGUAAAACGCUGAAAACAGUCAAGUUCGGACACCAUUGACGCUGACACAACAACAAAUCCAAUAUGACUAUCACGAAAAGAUCGCACUUUUGGAACACCCGGUGGUGUUUCGGACUGAUCGCCUUCAGUUUCCUUGUAAUAUUGGCAUACCUUGAAAUAAGAAAUCGGAAGUGGGUAACUUCCAGUUCAAAAAUGGGUGAUCAAUCGACUGUGACGUGGCCCAAGGUGAUUUUGCUCGGAGAUUCGUUGACCCAAUAUUCAAUGGACCCGAAUAACGGAUGGGCCACCAUCUUAGCCAAUUCACUGCAACGUAGGUGUGACGUAAUCGUUCGUGGGUUCGUUGGCUACAACUCGGUCAUGACAAGACACUUGUUGCCAAGGAUCGAAAACACUUUUGAUGGGCUGGUUGCUGUCGUUGUCAUUUUCCUGGGUGCAAAUGACGUUGCCAAUGCGACCAAGAACCCCCAACAGCAUGUACCCUUGGAAAAGUACGCGGAAAAUUUGGCUUGGAUGGUGCAGUUUGUGAAGGCUAAAGGAGUUUGUGCGGACAAAAUCAUUUUGAUGGGUCCUCCAGCGGUCAACGGAGAGAAGGUGACAGACCGCGACUUGGAGCAAGCCAAAAAAUACGCUCGCAAGUGCGACGAAGUUGCGAGUCUCGUUGACGUCAGCAGCGUCAACCUUUGCGAUCUGAUGCAGCAAAAGUUCGGAAAUGGUUCCUGGAAAGAAUUGCUGAUAGAUGGGCUGCACUUUUCGCCUGAAGGAAAUGCUUUCGUUGCGUCCGAGCUUCUGCCAUUGGUGACUCAAAAAAUGAAGACGCAUCAACAGCUUUUUCCGGUGUGGAAUGAGAUAAGCACUGAUGACCCCGCUGGUUCCAUCAACAAGUGGACUCCUGCGUAGUCCCCUAUCAAAUCUCUGAAUAAACUCUGCAUGCUUUUUUGUUUGCCCUCACGUUCAUCAGGAGGAAGUUUUGAAUUUAUAUGCUUGGAUAUUGGUGCAUGGUUCGAGCUCGGAAAUGUUCUGUUAGAUGCCUCUUUUGUUUUGAAAGACGGGUUUUGCUGUCGUGAAAACCAUUUUCUGGGGAAUUUCUACUUCUCUUCGGGGGUGCUGGUGAACUUUUUAUAUCGACUGCGGCUUUGAGAUGAGCUCUCAUCGCCAGGCGAUGAGAUUGAUUUAUGCAAGUUUCGAGUGAAGUUCGGUUCACUGAUUGAUUUCAUCCUCAUUGAGGAUUCCGGGAAUGAAUUCCUCGGAGGCUGAGGCGCUUUCUCAGACUCACUUCAU